CUUCGGACUCGGUCUCUACAUACAUUUCUCCGCCCUCCAUUCUCUUUAUUUAUUGAGAGGAUUCGUCCGUUCGUUUCUCCAGGACAGCUCGAGAAUUCGUUUCUUCAUGUGCUGGCCACGUUGUCAAUCUUGAAAACUCCGCUAUGCGCUUUAGUAUUUUCCUGAACUUUUUCGUCUUAUCUUUGCUGGCUAGUCUGGUAUAUUCGUAUCCGUUCCCGGACUCACGGCCCUACAAAGACCGUGCAUUCGUGUCUUCAAUGGAUACAGCAGACCUACCAUUCAUGCAAGAUUACGCAGAGUAUCAGAUUUCGGAUGGAUACGGUGGAUCGGCUGAAGAGGAAGCUGCAGAGGUCUUCAUAGAUCCAUUUAAAAACACAGACCUCUCACUCGUUCCAUUCGAGAUAUAUGACAAACUCCGGCUCGCAAAGGAAGCAACGGAAGAUGCAGAAAUUGAGUUAUUCAUCCCUGCUAUUGACAAAGCAGGAGAAGAUACUGCUACCGGCCGGGCGUUGACAGUUGGUUUGCUCAAGAACCGAGUCUUGUUUGCAACCGCAGCAGUACAAGCUCUUCAAAUCGAGAACGCACAUAACAAAGCUGCAAACGUCUCAGAUCCCUUCUUCGAGUCUGAUCUCGAGCGUGUCGGGGAAUACCUUGCCUGGACGAUCGAAGCAGACCGAGAAAACGACGAAGAGCCAUCGUUAGGCGUAACCUAACCUUGGCCGAGAUCACUUACCUUCGAAAGAGCAUGUACAGAUGAGAGGGAAAAGGAGGAGGCAGCGGUAUCUCCUGUGCCGACAUCGCCCGAUACUAUCUCAUCGACGUAUGAACUAAUAUAGCAGCCGGGCUUGCCGUGCACAUCGUGUUGAGGUGAGGCGAGGCAAGGGAACAUGCUUCAUUGGUAGGCUGCUAUAGGUAGGAAGGAUGGCAUGAAGAGUGACACAGAAUACUCAACGCCAGCAUCGUCCGAUCCCAUCUCCAAUUACACACCAAUGCGACGGGUCCCGAGCGAUUGGAAGUACUCGUCCAGGUAAGGGAGCGAGACGUCUUGGCGGAUUUAUUGAAGGGAGGCUCGCGGAUCAACCGUGUGUCCUACGCUUUCAGAAUGCCCAGAUACUAGGCUCGAGAGGACCAGGGAGGAAGUUGGACCUUUCUAUGCUUGCAAGACAGGAAGUUGUGCAAUGGUGGAGAUAUAGCCAGUACUAUAGUUUCAGAGUGUGCUUAUCUAUGCAGGCACAUAAUGUCAUACAUGAGAGGGGUGUACAACGUACCUGGCACACUCGAUAAACCCUAACGGAGCUAAUCUCCGAAAUACCCUCAAAGAAAGAAAGAAAAUUUGUUAGUAGUAGUAAAUGUGAACAGUCU